GUUCCAAGGCCUUUAGCAAUGAGAAAAGAGGGCAUUCAGACGAGGAAGCGCAAGCCAAAGAAUCUCAACAAAACAAAGACACCAGCAGGUCCAUCCAGCAGCGAGAACCCGACCACCAGUUCCACCAGCAGCAGCAGCAGCAGCACCACAACCACUGAAGAAAUGCGCCCCAUCAAAACAGAACCUGGGCUCUCAUCUCAUUAUGGGCACCCCAGUCCAAUUUCUCAGGCAUUCUCAGUCUCUGCCAUGUCUGGACAUGGAUCAUCUAUUCACCCUGCGAUUUCGGCUCUGAAGCUUUCCCCGCAGGCUUACCAAUCAGCUAUCAGCCAGUCUCCACAAACCAGCUCCAAACAGGACUCCUGGAACACCCUGGUGUUAGCUGAAAACCAUGGGGACAUCAUAACUGCAUAA